CCUCCACUGCAUCACUCCAUCCUGCAGAAUAAGCGACUGUCCCACGGGUCCGAAUAAAAAGCGCGCGUCCAAACCACCUGACAAUGUACUCCAGCAAAAGCGAAGGGCCACGCAGGGGAAGGUCCUUUGACUCAAUGAACAUCGGCUUGUGUUUGGAUGAAAAGCAGCUUAAUAAUGAGAUGAACAAAUCAACCUUUCCUAUAAUCGAUGAGAACAAAGAUAACAAGGGCUUGUCUGGAGAAAAGGGUCGUGCGGCAAUAGUAUUCACACUGAAGAAUGAAGUUGGGGGGCUUGUCAAAGCAUUAAAACUGUUCCAGGAAAAGCACGUGAAUCUUGUGCACAUCGAAUCCCGAAAGUCCAGGAGAAGCAACUCAGAGUUUGAGAUCUUGGUGGACUGCGACAGUGACCACGAGCAGCUUAGUGACAUCAUUCAACUGCUGCGUAAACACGUCAACGUGCUCGAUCUGGACGAGUCUGACAACCGACUACCGGAAGAGAGCGAAAUGUCAAAUGUACCCUGGUUUCCCAGGAAGAUUUCAGAUCUGGAUAACUGUGCCAACCGUGUAUUGAUGUAUGGAUCAGAUCUGGAUGCAGAUCACCCGGGAUUUAAGGACAAUGUGUACCGCAAAAGGAGAAAAUACUUUGCAGAUCUGGCAAUGAGUUACAAGUAUGGUGACUCCAUUCCCCGAAUUGAGUAUACAGAGGAGGAGGUAAAGACAUGGAGGGUCGUGUUCCGAGAGCUCAAUAACCUCUACCCUACUCAUGCUUGUCGUGAAUAUCUGAAAAAUUUACCUCUUCUCACCAAGCACUGUGAUUAUCGUGAGGACAACAUCCCACAGCUGGAGGACAUCUCACGCUUUCUAAAAGAGCGUACAGGGUUUACCAUAAGACCUGUGGCAGGAUACCUUUCACCAAGAGAUUUUCUGGCAGGAUUGGCUUUCCGUGUGUUUCACUGCACACAGUAUAUCCGGCACAGUUCAGACCCUCUCUACACACCAGAACCGGAUACGUGUCAUGAACUUCUGGGUCAUGUGCCGCUUUUGGCUGAGCCCAGCUUUGCACAGUUCAGUCAGGAGAUUGGACUUGCAUCACUUGGAGUAUCUGAUGAGGAAGUUCAGAAGCUAGCCACUUGUUACUUCUUUACUGUGGAGUUUGGGCUAUGUAAGCAGGAGGGGAAGCUGAGAGCAUAUGGUGCAGGCCUGCUGUCCUCCAUAAGUGAGCUAAAGCAUGCUCUUUCAGGGGACGCCUGCAUCAUGCCUUUUGAUCCCAAAGUCACAUGCAAACAGGAGUGCAUUAUAACCACCUUUCAGGACGUCUAUUUUAUGUCAGAAAGCUUUGAGGAGGCCAAAGUCAAAAUGAGGGAGUUUGCAAAGACAAUCAAACGACCUUUUACAGUGCGUUAUAACCCAUAUACACAGAGCGUGGAUGUGCUGAAGGAUACAACCAGCAUCAACUGUGUGGUGGAAGAGCUGAGACAUGAGCUGGACAUUGUUGGAGACGCCCUGAACAGACUAAAUAAAGAAUCAAAAAUUUGAAUAAUUGUUUCCAUUUAAAUGCAUAUUUUACUUUACGUACAAAUUGUCUGUCAAAUCCACAAAAUUAUUCAGCAUUAUUAUGAUAUUUCCAAGGCAAUUGUAAAUUCAUUGAGUUCUUAUCUAUUUAUAAAAUAAAUUAUAUAUACAAUGUAUGUUUAACUAUACAUUGUCAAAAUUUCAAAAGGCAAAUCUCAUGAUUUUUAAACAUCUGCAAAAGUGCUGCAUUUUUAAAAGUUCUUUUUACAAUUUUCUCUUUACAUAUGUCAAAAGAUACAUUUAUGGUGGCUCAGGUCAGAUUAAUGUGGUUGUAAUUUCAGCCUUUUGGUAAAAGUCAUUGAAAUCACUGUGUUGUAAGCUACUGUACCUUUGUGUAAUGAUAUAACCUACUGCUUAUUAUGAGUGGCACUGUUAUUCUUAUCAUUUUGAAUGUUUAUUAAACCAAACAGUCUAUUUAAUUAUUAGCUUUUAAAUAAAAGUAUACAAAUUCAGAACUGCAAUUCAAUGUUAUAUUCUAUAUAUCUUGUAGCUUAAUUCUCUCUCUCUCUCUCUCUCUCUCUCUCUCUUAUUGGGGAAAUGAAAAGCACAUUUAAGUUUUGUGAACUUAAUUGAACUUAAUUAUAUAAUAUAAUCAUGUGUCUAUAUACAAUCUACUGUAUCUUGUUGAUUUGUCAUGUCUGAUGUCUUGUAUACUGAUACAGUCUGAGCUUGAAUUUAUUUCAAAUGAUUAUUGUUUGUGUAAAAAUCUCAGUGGUUAUUUAAGGAAAAGUUUCACAUGUGAGUGUCAAUAAUGCUUAGCUACCAAAUAAAUAAUGUAAGGCAGAAAUCCUGCAAUACACUACAGGUUUUAAACUGCUUGAUAAAUGUGAAUUUAGUCAUGAAAGUCACUAAAUAAAAUUCCUUAUUUUUAUAAAAA